CAUGCUGGGCAUUAACUCAUAAAACACUCGUCGUUGCCUUCUUGGCUUAUACAUACGCAAUCUGGGAUAAUUAUUGACAUCAAUAUUUUAACAGAAACUUGCCAACUGAUUGCAGUUGUAUCCAAGCAGCAGAGGAAACAAACAAGCCGCAGACCUCUAGUGCUUUGACAUUUCAAGGAGCGAAAGAUGGCCUCAAACUCAACAUUCACCCCUACUUCUCUAACCAUAACCUCCAAAAUCCCCCAAAAUGAUAGUAUGGUAACGCCAGGGCCCAAUCGAGAACACAACAUAGUGCUGAUCAUCAUCUACACGCUGGUUCUGCUCAUUGGCGGCACCAGCCUGACUCUGACAAUACUCAUCAUGAAGUUGAGGACGACGUCCACCACGUCCAUCGCGGUGCUUAAUCUUGUCUUCGCCCACUUCCUGUUCCUCCUCACCGUGCCGUUCCGGAUCUACUAUUACGCGACUCAACAAUGGAGCCUGGGCUUAGGCUGGUGCAAAGUGGUGAGCAGCAUGAUCCACAUCCACAUGUACAUGUCUUUCACCUUCUACGUGGUCAUCCUGGUCACGCGCCUGCUGGCGUUCUACGGCAGGCAUGGGCCGAUGGCGUCCCCGCCGAGGAUUUACGCGCUGGCUGCCAGCGUUGUGGUGUGGAUUCUGAUGUCUGUCUGCGUCAUUUGCAUCAUCUGUUUGGUUUACGGUAAAAAUACCGACUCUGACAGCCAGGCUCACUGCUUCAGAUUUGGCAAAAAGAUAGACUCCAAUGCCAAGGUGAUCAACUACAUCAUCAGUACUUUGUUCAUAACAGUCACCAUCGUGCUCUGCGGCCUCCAAGUCAACGUCCUCUGGGUUUUAUACAGGAAGCACCACCAGCUUUGCACUUCCCAGCAGGACUUUGGCGCUCAGCUGAAGAGCCUGUGCUUCGUCAUCAUCAUGGUGGUGUGCUUCAUCCCCUACCACAUAUUUCGAUUCUAUUACGUAGAGAACAUUAAGCUGCAGGAUCUUAAUGAGCUGUUUCUGAGUUUGACCACCUUUAACUGCAUGGACAUGCUCACCCUGUUGGGAAGGAGGACAUGCUCCUUAUGCUUGCCGGGAAGGGCAAUUUAAACCAUUUAUUCAAUUUAUCCAAAUAAGACCACUGUUUCUUGACACCUCAUCCCCACUUUCGGAUUAUAAAUCCUAACUUUUUUCCAGCAGGUCUCUGUGUUGUGGCUGCGUCUGUGGUGAUAUGAAGAAAAGCUCUAUCUUGCUUUUUCCAUGCAUAAUAAUUAUGAUAGUUGUGACACUUUAGUAUGGGGAACAUAUUCUCAGUAACAAAGACCCUAAUUUAGAGUUAUUUUAACACUAGGGGAACAUAUAAGGGUUAGGGUUACUAAUAAGCAAUAAUUCUGAGGUAAUUGAAAGAAGACUCUUAGUUAAUAGCUUACUAGUUGCAUAAUAAGGCCAUGCAGAAUAAGGCAUUAAUGUUAUCUAUCUAUCUGUGUUGGCCCUGCGAUGAGGUGGCGAUUUGUCCAGGGUGUAUACCACCUUCCGCCCGAAUGCAGUUAAGAUAGGCUCCAGCACUCCCCGCAACCCCAAAAGCGACAAGCAGUAGAAAAUGGAUGGAUGGAUGGAAGUCCUUAAUAAUGACUAAUUAAGAUCCAAACUGUUAUUAAUUUGUAUGUUAAUAAGCAACUAGUUAAUGGUGAAUAUGUUCCGCAUACUAAAGUGUUACCAUGAUAAUAUUUGGGAUUAUUGCGGCCCAAAAUGCCUGAAUUUGCAGCAAUUUUUUCAGUUGUGAUGUUUUGAGACUUUUUUUUUUUUUUUCCAAAAAACACUGAAUCAGCUUGUGACUUUAUUGCUUUGGUAAAGUUAAAGUUAAAGUACCACUGAUAGUAACACACAGACUAGGUAAAGUGAAAUUACUCUCUGCAUUUGGCCCAUCCCCUUGUUCCACCCUCUGGGAGGUGAGGGGAGCAGUGAGCAGCAGUGGUGUCUGCGCUCGGGAAUCAUUUUCAAGAGGAUCUCCUGCUGGCCCCACUAUGGACUGGACUCUCACACUAUUAUGCUAGAUCCACUCGACGUCCAUUGCACCGGUCGCAAUAAAAUAAACUUUGAUUGGUUGAUGGAUUGAUUGAUUUUGGUGAUUUAACCCCCAAUUCCAACCCUUGAUGCUGAGUGCCAAGCAGGGAGGUAGUGGGUCCCAUUUUUAUCGUCUUUGAGUUGAACUCACGACCUACCAAUCCAAGGGCGGACACUAACCACAAGGCCACUGAGCAUUCAUGUUCUUUGUAACCCUAACCUCAAAAAGCACAGAAUUUCAACAACAAUUGGAAAACUAACAAUUGAUGUUUUACUCGUUUUAUGCCACACAGACUUAAAAGUAGACACUGGAUAGCAGUAAAAGCACAUACUCAAAGUUCAUUGUGAAAUGACUGUAUUGCUUAUUACCUUUAUAACUUGGGCCUUGUUCACACGACAGGUCAAUUCCGAUUUGUUUGCCCAUAUGAGACCUGCAUCAGAUUUUUUCAUGUCCACGUGAGCAGUGCAAUUCCAAAUUUUUCAAAUUCGACCCAGGCCUCUUUUGUAUGUGAAAUGAAAUCAGAUAUACAGUAUAUGCCGUGCGUCCUCAAUGUGAACAUACCUGCACUCUGGUCGCAUUCAUCCGACCAGAACAUUAUCAAAAAGCGAUUUGUCAUAAUUAUUCGCCAAAAGAGACGGUUACAAAAUGAAUGGUCGACAACGGAGCAGAAAUUGGGUGAAAAUAAUGUUUUAGGAACUCACGUGAAAGCUCCACCAAUUCUGUCUCCGACAUGCUCUUGAAGGUGACAUCGAAGCAAAAUAUCCCGUAAAACUGCCAGCGCCAAAGUACUUGUCCUCUUCCUUUUUAAUCUUCUACGUACAAUAAUUCAGUUCAGCAAAUGUUGACAAAACCCUUGAAAUUGCCACAAGUCCGCCAGUACUGAGACCGGCUGGAGUGAAAGCUUCCGUAAACACUGCAGUCAUGGCGUCAUGUCCGUACACUAGAAAUCACUUUUUUGUAAUGUAAACGGCUACAUAAAAAGAUCAAAUUUGAGCCCAAAAAAUCAGCAAUUGGAUAUCCGACAAUGCAGUGUGAACGUAAGUACUGUUGAAAAAUGUUGCUAAAUUUGCGCGUGAAAGCCGACAAGUCAAGUUAACAAUUAGCGAGCCAGGGAGUCAGCCCUAGUGGCUCCCUGGACCUCUUUCAGAGAUGUUUGAAAAUGGCAAAAGAUGAAGAAAGAAAAUUUUUUUUUGUUUUAAUAUAUUUUGUGUAGGAAAACAAACACGAUACAAACCUUCCUAAUUGUUCCCACUGUAUUUGUUAUACAUCCUUCACUGAUAAGAGUAUUUGGCAAGCGCCGUUUUUGUAACGCCGGUUCGGCAUCGUGGUACCGGGUUCGAUUCCCUCAUGGAUGCGUCAAACGAAGAACACAACAAAGGUAGGAUCUAACAAAUGUAUUAACAAAAGGUGAGCUCUGAACAAAAACACUGGAGCUAAUAAAAAGGGAAACAAAAAUACGCUAGCGUGAAAGCUAGGAAAUAUAAAGAACUAAGACUUGGCAUGAAGGCAUAAAAAGUAAAAACAAAGAUGAUUAGCAUGUGAGCUAAAGAUGACUAGGUGGCCGAGCUAAUAAGCUAGCGAGAAAAGCAUACCUGACGUUACGUUGCGUGAAAACAAACUAGAGUCCCAGAAAGAAUAAACAGAAGAGGCUGGCUUAUAAAGGGAAGGUGAUUGACAGAGAACAGGUGUGCAGGAACCGGGAGUAGCAGCUGAAACUAAUAAGUAACCAUGGUGAUGGACUAAACGGGAAAUAAACGGAUCAAACGGAGAAUGAGAACAAAGAUGGAAAAAUAAACAAUAAAAUGUGAAGAUCCGAGUCACAGAUUCCAACAGUUUUGUCCUACUAAUUUCAGCGAUCCUUGAACUCAUCGUAGUUUGUUUACAUGUACAACUUUCUCCAAUGCUGCCACUGAAAGAUAUGUUUAAUGCCACUUUUUCUUUGUCUCAUUUUGCCCACCAAACUUUUUAUGCUGUACGUGAAGGUGAACUUUGGUGAUUUUAUUGAUUUUCUGCAGUGCUUUUCAGGCUUAUCAGGCAAGCUAAUCGAUGCUAACGUGCUGUUUAGGCUAGCUGUAUGUACAUAUUGCAACAUUAUGCCUCGUUUGUAGAUAUAUUUGACCUCAUUUCAUUUCCUUUACUUAUGUCUUCUGUGUAUUUAAUUCAUAUUUGCAUGUCUCCUGACACAUUAUCUGUAUUUAAUAUUGGCUACAUUUCUCAUAGUUGUUUAUGUGCCAUGUUGUUCCAGAUCACAGCAAACAUUACACAGCUUGCAACGAUUAUAAUAAAUCCAUUAGAAGAAGACAGCCUGCCGUUUCCUUUAACUUGGACACAUGCAUCUAUACAUUUGGCCAUUCUGCGCCAGUAAUUUCCAGAAGUUAUCUCAUUCUGUGAGAAGCCUCCAUUCUACUAAUGAUUUCCAAUUUUGUAAAAAUGUGUAGAAUAAAAAUUCAAAUACAACAUUUCUGUCAACGAAGAUUUGCGUCAGCCUUUUAUAGUAGGCUAAUAUAGCUGAUAUAGACAUUUACAUCAUGUGUUGCCUUAAUUAUAACACUUAUAUAAAGCUUUUUUUUUUUUGUAUUUUGGUCCAAUAUGGCGUUUUCAACAUUUUGGGUUGCCGACCCCUGAGCUAGCCAGAUAACGUCCAGUGACAAAAUAUAUGACUCUCGGCGUGUUUGGGCAAAAUGAGUUAAAAAAGCUGGGAUGCUAACUUCCUAAUGUUAAUAUGUCAAAAGUUACCAUGCGUUCAAAAUAUGACUGAGGUUUAUACCAGCAAAAUUAGCUAUAGCUAGCAUUUCUGUUGGUAUAAGGAUAUAAUCAUGCUUCAACAUGUCAUGUCAUGUAAAUGCUACCUCUUUGCUAUGUCUGGACUGGAAAUAAGAAUAUGCUGUUAAUUGACAUACCCUGGACAAAUACAAAUG